GAAGCAUAAUGUGCCUGGUAACGGACAUGAUCCACUGUGACGUCACACAGAGCUAGAAUAAUCACAAUACACUGCGUCGCGCUCGUUGUCCCUUUGCUCUGCGCGUGGAUACAUACUGCGUGCUCUCGAACAAAAAUAAAGCAGCAGUGUUGAAAAUGUAAGGCUAAUGUAGACCUGCUGGUCAGUGGGCCAAAAAAGCCUCUUUGAUGGACAACAAUGGAUGGACAAAGUAACUCAGCAAAUUGCAAGAAAAAGCCAUUGCAGGGAUACAAGAAACUGAUGCGGAGCCAGGUACAACGUCUACGCCACAAAGCCACGCAGCAAGUGAAACUAAAUUCCUCCUCGACGUCAGACGAACGUCUGGGAAGGAAUUUCGAGAGAUAUCCUUCUCCGACAGUACCGGAUAUUCCAGACGGUCUGAAGCAGGAAAGCAGAGAGAAACCCCAGGAAACGCAAACUGUUCUUAAUUGUGAUGAAAAAAAGAUGAGCAAUUUGAGUGAUCCGUCUGUUGGCCAUUACAACAAAGCAACAGAAGGAUUAGUCGAAAAACAAAAGCAGCUCCAAGGCGUCAGCGGUGUGCAUGUAUCUGUAGACUCUGAGGACCUUGGGAGUAAUGUCACUGGACGCCAAGCACCAUAUGCUGAGAGGAAAAGAGUAGAGGAACCCCCUAGAGAAAGGGACCUGCCACUAGCAGCCUGGUCACAACAACGUGAAGAAAUGCAGAGGUGUAUAGCGAACCAAACCUCUCCAAACACCGCGGCGUAUCAUUUCUCGUGGGGCACUUCCGAAGGCACGAAAGUUCACUUUUCCAAACAGCUGAAGUUUCAACAAGAAGAUAGAGAUGUAGAUCAUCCACCUGCAAGUCAAGUCAAGGCAGGGGAUGAAUGGUCUCAGGCAAUGGGAAAGCCACGUGAAAUGCAACAAGUGCAAAGGCGUGGGACGCUAAAUGAUAUAAAUAAUGAUGUUUCGGUCGAGAUCGAAGAUCCGAUAACGACGGGCCUUCUUUUGGCAGAGCAAGGGGAAUUUUUUCACAACACCAAAGCUAAAACGCCCCAGUUAUCUUGUAGCCGUCAAGAGAAGAAGGAAGAGCAUCGUGAUACUGAUCAGGCGAUGAUAUCCACCUCACAGCAAGUGAAGGUGGCUGUCUGUAAACAAUCUGUCGCCGAAAUUUCCACCAAUACAAUGAUAGCAGUCAGGGGAAACUUACAACCAGCAAGCAUAACGUGUCCUCCUGUGCACGCCAGCUUCAGUGUGUCACCAAAUAUCAACAGAAAUCGCCCCUUAAAGAGGGUCCAGUUUGCUGAUGAGGUGUGCAGGGCACUCCGAUCAGAUUCCGCGGCCGUGCCUACCAAAGCGGCCACCAACAGCAGUCUUUCCAGGAUUGGUCAAAUGGCACCUAGAGGCAGGGAUCAGACAUCCUAUGAGCUGAUUAGAAAAGGGUCUCUGCAUGAAGAGGCCCAAGAAAGAAAGGCCAAAGAAAGGCCCCUGUCAAGGCUUACUCCACGGCUUACUGAGGUCACAGUACCUUCGAUGGACACUGGUCGAAAACAUGACCCCCCAAAGAAAGUUGAGCAUGCAAAAAGAGAUGAAACCGUCCAAAGAACACCUGAUGUUUGGGUAGAAAUGAAUUCUAAAGAGAGGUAUGAAGACAAACAAACGCAGCCUACGUCAACGGUCUCAUUACUCUUGAAGGAGAAACCAUCACCCGCCUCUGGCUUCGUCGAUUUCGAUGAAAAGCAAAGCCAGGAUGUCACUUCACCUAGCAGCGAGGUCGCAGAAAAUCGCGUAACUACACGAGGGUCUUCGUUUUGUACAAGUCGACAGUUACUGGUGAAAUCACGCUCACUUAGUCAUGUGGACUUAGUUAAGCCCAGUUACUGCCGAGAAGAUAACAUUGAAAGAAAUAGGAAGAGUUUGCCCUCAAUCACAACCCAAACGUCCAUGUUAUCAGUGCAAAGUGACAGCGCCACCAGUUCUACCCAAAUUGAGCAGCGCACGGGCAGGGAAAGGGUGCAAUCGAAGCGAACGCGGAGCAGAUUCAUUUGCAGGUUAAUCAGGGUGUGUGUGGUGGUUUUUGUCCUAUUGGCUACUGCGCAGGUACUAGCCCUCUGCUUAGCCCUUGGCUUUGCCACAGAGUGUGAUAAGUACAACAUUUUAUUCUCACCAUUCUGGGGUUUUCCUUGGGUUCAGGUAGACAUGUCUCCAGUGGCCAUGUUUCUCAGGCAAAACCUUCGCCUUAUCCAUUUCAAACCAACCCCAACGUAAUAUCAAAAAUCUGCACGUUGUGGCAUACAUGACACGUAAAGUACACGUACCCCGUUUAUAAAGUUCAGCAGAAGCGGACGAAAAUAUCGAAAUAGGGAACUCACUGCAGAAGGUCGCUGGAAUUAAUCACUUACAAUCGAACUCGACCCUUCGCCCUUUUCGAUUUGAAGGAUGUCCUCAAAUAGUUUGAGAUCUCGCGCUGUGAAUGUGUGAAUACACCUACAUGCUUAUAUUUUCCUUAGCACAAUCACUGACCCCCCCAAAAAAACUUACGUCAGCCCUGUUUUCAGAAUCUUAAUACACGUAUUUUGUAUUUGCUUUGUUUUCUUCUUGUGUUCGCUUUUCUUGUUUUGUGUGUUUGUUUUUUUUUGCUUUGAAAUAUCAGGUUUGAUAUUGACUCAUGAAGACUCUAUUCCGACUCCGUUAGGUUUGUGCCAGAGAGGACACAUCCGUGGCAAUCUAUCAAGUGUAAGGCCAAACCAAAAAAAAAAACCAAAAAACUCCGGUUUCUGGUCACCGCGCGCGUCGCCGUAGAUCUGCGCGUCGGCAAAAUAAAGAAUUUUUUUUAUUUUGCAUAAACGAUCGGAAGGAAUUCUGCUACUGUGCAAUUUUAAGGUUUUUUUUUGAUGGGUGGAAUGAUGAGUAAUUUAUAUAUAACUAUGAUGAGUAAUUUGUACGGUUAAGGGAUCCCCGUCCUAGGCCUCCACACAUUUCAGUCGGGCACUCUUAUCAGAUGACGUCAUUCGUGUGUCAUUACACAAAGGCCCUGCCGAAUCAGUUGGCUGCGGCUUGAUAUCAUGCAUGAUUAGGGAACUAGCCGUGGAUGCUGCCCAAUACUGGGUGUAAUUUGCGGCCGUAACCAAUUCUUUCGGACCCGGGCCCACGUAUAUACGUCUGUGAACCUGACAAACGAAGUGGUCUUAUGUCCUAUGUAAGUAUACAAAUCGAAAACGCGUUUGAGCAACAACUGUGAGGGGCCAGUUUAUUUCAGUGUCGGCGAAGCAGUGGCGGUAACAUACGCAACGGCAGUGGCGAUGGACAUCGUGUUAUGACAAUAUGUGUAACAACUCAUGCAUUGUCACUUGACAAGAACAAAGGUACAUUAGAGUGACAGGAGAUUAUACUUUCCAGGCUGAAUUUUUUCCCCAGUGUGUUAAAUGCUGCUUGUUUUUUAUAAGCUAAAACAGAAAACAAUGCGCACAGUAUAUCAUGAGAUUUUAUUUUCAUUUUGACUCUUGAGCUGAACUGUUUUUAAUUUUUUUUCAUUGACUAUUUGACGUGCAACUUGUUUCCUCUCAGCUAAAGCAAAAAACAGUGUGCAAAGAAUGUCAUGUACUGCUACCUCAUGAGGAUUUUAUUUAAAACUGGAAACUGGAGCUGAACA